CGUUUGCUCCUGUGAACUACUCUAUUCAUCAUCAUUUCUUUUGUUUUCUCUCACAUCUUCCUCACACUAUAAAUAAGAAAGCGAAUGCGUAAAAAUGGCAGAAAUCAGCGGCAAUUGAGAAAGAAGAAUUAUGAGAGAUAUACUGGAGGGAGGAUCGUUUAUAUCAAAGGCAAGGACAGCCAUUCAUUCCGCUGCUACUAAAGCGGAGAAAAUUCUCAUUGAUUUUAAAUCUGAUCUUCGAGAUUCGGAUGAGCAGUGUAGGAAGAGUUCUGAUCCUGUGUUUGACGCUGUAUCGCCAGCUGAGGUUGAGAAAAAGGGUUUCAAUGAGCCAAAGAAGUUUCGAUGGAAGCCGCCUAGAAUAGGGAUAAAGCAAGAAUGGAAUGAGAAACUAAGGAAUAUUGGAAGUAGUAGAAAGGGAACUGAAGGCACACAGAACAUCGAGGGUAUAAAGAUGCCGUUUCCUAUGUAUGAUCCAAAUUUAUACUUGUACCAUGAAAGAGUUGCUGCAGAAGCUAAGGGUUUUGAGACACCGUCAGCUGCUGAUAGUUCUGAGGCCAGAGAUAUUAUCCCACCUGCAUCUGUUUUGAAGCAACUAGCUAUUGCCAUUGAAUCAGAGAAGAAUUAUAGGUCAGUAAAAGAUUUUCUAACAUCAUCUGCUAGUUCUUCCCCAGUUCGAGAAAGGGCAAGUUUGGGCAUCUCAGCCGUUAAGUUCCUAGUGCUUAGGGAGAAGGAGGAAAAGGUUUCUUCUGAGUUCAGUGAUGAUGAAGCAUGGGCUUUUAUACAGUCUAUACUUGAUGCUCAGGGACUUACGCUCGAUAGGAAAGUCCGCUUUUGUGUUGAAAGUCUGCCUAGCUCAAGGACAUUCCCAAAAGAUGUUCAUGGUGCACCACCACAAAGUUUGAUUGUUAAAGUCUCUGAAGUCAUGGGAAGCUUGAAAACGCUGCGGAAAAUGGCAUUAUUUUGGUGCGGGAUCAUUGCUCAACUCAGAAGACUUUGGUUCGAAGAGCUAUAUAUUCCUGGGAUUCCUCUUGAUGAUGUACCAGAAUGGAGUUACUGUCUACUCUAUCAGCAGAUGCAACUUAUGAAUUGCUGUAUUUCUAGGAAGAAACGCCGUGCAAUUGCUACUGAUUCAUUGGAAUCAAUAAUUCAGGAAACUGAAUGUGAUGCUGAAGGGGCGCCUUUCUCAACUGAAAGAAUAACUUCAAAUUCUUGUCUGUAUGCAAGAACAAACACUGGGGAUCAUGUUGUACGAUUGGGAGUGAGUCAUCAGGCUGACAAUUUGACACUGUUGGAAACUGGGGAGCCCGUCUAUGCUCCCCUGACACAGGAAGGACCAUUGCUAACUGAGGAUCUUGCCCGUGAAGCAGAAGAGUUUGUGCUUCGGACAGGAAGUGUAGGAGCUGGCUGUUCCCAGCUUCUGUCUGAUAUGCAAGCUUUCAAGGCAGCAAAUCCUGGAUGUAAUCUUGAGGACUUCAUUAGAUGGCACUCUCCUCCUGAUUGGAGUGAGUCCUGCAAUGACACUGAUGCAAGUACAUGCGGAGGUGAUUCAACAUCUUCCAGAGGUCGAUUGAGUAGACGUAUGCAGAAAGAAGGUAAUUUAUGGCAAGAGCUUUGGGAAACUGCCAAGCCUGUCCCUGCUGUUAGACAAGCACCACUUUUUGACGAGGAUUUGGCAGUGGAAGGCGUGCUGACUGUAUUAGAGGACAUUACUCCUUCUCAGCUAUUUGGCCAGUUAUUUCACUCAUUGCUUGGAUUGGGAUUUGUGAUUGCUGAGGCUAAGCUUUCUGCAGACGAGAAUGUAGUGAAACUGUUCUACGAGUGUAAAGAUUUUGUCAUUGCCACAUGGCAAAGUGAGGCCUGGAUGGAGAAAAUCGAUGAUAUUUGCCAGGUUUAUGAAACAGUCGAAGCAAUUUUUGUUCGACCUGAUGAUGUCAUUAAGGCUGUGAGGCAGCCUGAAGACGCUAAUACCAUUGAGGAGCCAAAAUCACGAUUUAAGAAACUAAGCCAGGUAUUUGGCCGCAAAAAUAAGUCAAGAAAAUCAUCUUCAGAAGAGAGCUAUAGUUCGGAGGAUUCUCCAACACGCCAAUCAGUUGUGACCUUUUCUGAUAGCAGAGCAUCGAUGUUUGGAAAGAGGCCUCCUAAACCCGAGUACACACAAUCGCCAACAAACCCUUCUGGUUCAGAUGAAAACGAUUGGACAAUAGUUUGAUUGU